AUGCUUGUACCUGCUACUUAUCUUUACUCUUUAUUGCAACAGACGCCAGAGCCGCAAGUCACGUCCCGGACUUCCCCAGCGCCAAAUCUUCAGGCCACCGACGUGUCUAACCGACGCACUCGAGAACCUGACAAUGGGGAGCUUCCGAAUAAACGACGACCCGGCGCUCGACCACGUGCAUCUCAAGCAUGCCAGUCCUGCGCGGCUGCCAAGAUUCGAUGUGACAACUUGACGACUUGUCGUAGGUGCAAGGCAAGGGGAGUCGUGUGCCUAAGACCUGUCAGAGCAGUGCAUUUGCACAACGAAACGACAAGUCCAUCUACCAUCACAGCUCCCAUUGCUCCAGUACGCCAGCAGAGCCCUAGCGAAAGUCUGUCUCAAUGCCAUGUCACCAACCAGUCAGAUCCUACGAAGACGACCCCUUGUUCUAGCGAGCGAUCUAAUGUGGAUACUUUUGUCAACAAUGACAACGACGACAACAAUAAUAGCAGCAACCCAUCUGUGUUACUCUUCGCCACUUCACCCUCGACUUGGCCAGUCAUUUCCGAAAAGACAUACAACCCUCCACAAACUGACGCGUCCGAAGCACGCGACGCAGUAUACCAAGAGGAGGGACACGCUAAUGGUUUCUUCGAUUUGUUUCCAAUCGCCGCGCAACAAUGGGCAAAUUGGCGGCAGCCCAUGGACUGGGAUCUAGAUCAGCCGUUCCUGAACGCUCUUAUGCCAAUCGACGUUCAAGAUGGCGAAAAUCAGCGCCCCGUUGACCUGGAUGCCAGGAUGGAAACGCCAAUAUCAUCAAACGGUACCGAAAGCGAAGCCAAAAUCUCCAAGUAUGCCGUUGAUACAUACAACGACACACUGGGCACUUGGCACCCGAAACCCAAAAAUUAUUUUGCCGCAGAGAAAACCUUUCUUUCGAUACCUCUAGAGAUGCAAGAGGACAUAUUAGGAUUCCCAGAGAGUCUUGAGUCGUCUGUGAUCAAUCAUCGUCUGAUGCCUGCCAGACGAGAUGAUAUUAUUGUCGUCGUGAAUGGUCGUUUCUCCGGAGGCCAGCCGCUGUCAUCUAUCCAGUCCUUCCCCUCGUCUGCGGUUCUCGACAAGUUCCUUACAGUGUUCCUCACGAUGCAAAAGAGUCAGUUGUGUAGCUUCAUACACCUUCCCACGUUCGAUCCCAAUGUUUGCGACCUCUCACUUUUAAUGACGUGCAUUGCCGCGGGGGCCACUGCGUCGCCCACUCUUGCUGCUCAGAUGUUUGGAUUUGCAUUGCUUGAGAUCUUGCGCUGGUAUAUACCAACCUUGGCAGACAAUGACAACACUCUGACUCGAUCCAUCCCGUUCGUGCAAUCGUUAGUAAUUCUAUCAAACGUCACGUUUUGGAGCGGUGAUAAACGCAAAUCAGAAAUCUCGGACAUCAUGGCUGAAUUUGCUGUGACAAUGAUUCGUCACGCUCGCCGACUGGCUGGAUCUUCGUAUCUGUCCAUUGUUCCCAUACCAAACAGUACACCCUCACAGCUAGAACUCACUUGGAGACAUUGGGUCAGCCAAGAAUCCGGUAAAAGGACCGUAUAUCAACACUUGAUGAAUUGUAUACAGCGUGCUGUACUUAGAAACACCGUCGUCAUAAUGUCAUGCACCGAGGUCUGCACACCAAUCCCGGAGGCGGACCAACUAUGGUUUGCACAGUCAGCUCUUGAAUGGGCCUCGACUCAUGGGGGGCUACAGGCCAGUAGAGAUCGCCACCCGCUCUCGCUAACAGAUUGUUUUACCAGUGCUACAGCAUGGCAGUCGGUUCCGACGUUGCAAGACCGCAAUUUGGCCAAAUCAAUGAUUCUAUACUCCUCAAUAUCGAUGCUAGUAGAGGAUCAUCGUCGCAGCUUCGUGUUUAAUCUUCAAGCUGACCGUAACUGGGCUUACGAAAGGAUAUCUGAUUCAUCGACAGCAUGGCACAUAGCCUCCCUUCUGGAUGAAAUGCGUGGGUCUAUGAGUAAGGACUCCCUGGGCGGCAGUUCAGCCAACGCAAUGUUUCUACUUGAAUACUACGGCCUUUACUCUUCAAGCCCGAACUACUUGGCGGAAGCGCUCCUCGGCGAUGAGCGAUUCGGGUCGUCUCGGAAGGCUCUGUCUUGUUUGAGGGACUGGCGGAAGACUCGCUUGGCGAGGACUGCCGUUUGGCACGCUGGUCAACUCUUUCGUCUUGGCAGAUCAAUUACAUCCAAGCAGGAUAUGGAUUUCGAGGUUUUUGCUAUGUACCAGGCCGUUCUAUGCUUAUGGAUGUAUGGUUAUGUGAGCCAUGAAUCCUCGUCAUCCUUACCUGGAUCAAUUACGCCAAAAGAACCAUCGGGCAGCAAACUGUUAGAGGAACCCAGAAUUCGUCUUGAUGGAGCUGAGUCUCUGGAAAGUCAGCGAUGGGUCAGUCAUAAUCGAGGUACUCCUUACAUCGCAAAAUCGAGCAGCAUGAUUGGAGUGCUAGACUCUGCUACAGAGAUUAUACCGAUCACUGCCGCUAAUAAUGCGAAGAUGUCUUUCAUAAUACCCCUGGUGGGCAUGAUGGAGACGCAUUUUUCUCUCGAGCAGGUCGGCAGACGGCUUCCUAUACUUUCGCAUAUUUGUCGGAUUCUACGUGCCUUGGGGCGAGUGCCACAGCUAGAGAACUGGGCUGAAUGA